AUUCGUAUCGUUCGAACUUCUAUCCUCACAGUGACUGUAUUGCAAUGUUCAACCUUAUCCCCAUGUAUAGUUUUUGAGAAUAAUUUCUUUCUUCUUGUACAUUAAAGUCAAACUUCUCUCUCUAUUCAUUCAGUUACAAUGAAUUUCCAGUUUCUACUAUCAGUGAUUAGUUGUGUAAUAUUCAGUGUUAAUGGUGCAAGAAUCUUGGUGUUAUUUCCGCAUCAAGCAAAAAGUCACUACAUCGUGUUCGAGCCAUUGUUGAAGAAACUUGCUGAAAAUGGUCAUCAGGUGGUGUCAGUGAACUUUUUCCCUCAGAAAACGCCUUUGCCUAAUUUUACAGAUAUUGAUAUAAGUUCGAGUCUACCAAGUUUGGUUGGCACCAAGACAGUGUCAAACUCUUUUAAAACAUUUAAAUGGGAAGUACUUAGGGGAGUGCUUAGUCAUGGUGCACCAUCAUGCGAUCCUGUGCUCAAUCAUCCGGCGUUGAAGAAGCUUCUGCGAUCGAAGGAAAAGUUUGACGUUUGCAUCAUCGAGCUCUUUGCCACUGAUUGUUUUCUUGGUAUCGUUCAUACUUUGAACAUACCGCUUGCAGUUGGAGCUACCAGUAGCGCCAUUCUACCAUGGACGAACGAGAUUAUGAGGAAUCCUGAAAUCCCUAGCUAUAUCCCGAACUGGAUAAACGGUUUAACGGAUCAGAUGAAUUUCUUUGAAAGAUCCAUUAACUUUGUGGAUUUUCUAGUCACCAAAUCUGCAUACAGAUACUUAUCAGAUAAGCCAGGUCACGAAAUUGCCAAAAGACAUUUCGGUGACGAUCUGCCCGACUUUGACACUCUAAGAUCGAGAAUAUCAUUGGUAUUAACAAACGGACAUGCAGCAGUUAGCACUCCGCGAGCCUUGGCGCCAGGAUUCAAGGAACUGGGUGGUAUUCACAUACUGUCAUCAAAUCCACCAUCGUUGCCGGGAGAUCUUCAGAAUUUUCUUGACUCGCACAGCAAAAACGGUGUUAUUUACUUUAGUCUAGGAUCGCAAAUAGACUCGUCCACCAUGUCGGAGCAGGCGUUAGCAGCUUUUUACAGAGCAUUCGAGCAAGUACCGCAGCAAAUACUAUGGAAGUGCACCGGAGGGAAAAUGCCCACGCUGCCCAAGAACGUUAAGUGCAUCGAAUGGGCGCCCCAGCUCUCCAUAUUGUGUCACCCGAAUGUGCGGCUAUUUAUUACACACGGCGGAUUGCUAGGGGCUCAAGAGGCAGUUUAUUGCGGGGUACCGAUUCUCGGUAUACCCCUGUUUGGAGAUCAGCACUUGAACAUGGCCUACUUCGUGAAAAAGGGGUUGGCUCUGAAGCUGGAUUACCGUCAACUUUCAUACGCGCUAGUAUCGAACGCUUUGAACGAACUGCUCGUGAACAAGAGCUACACGGAUAUGGCACGAAAAGCUUCUUCGCAGUUCAAAGAUCGGCCAAUACCGCCAUUGGAUGAAGGAGUUUAUUGGAUAGAAUAUUUACUUCGUCAUGGACCAAAUUCUUUAAAAACAGCAGCUGUAGAGUUAACAUGGUAUCAAUAUCUAUUGUUGGAUGUCAUAUCUACGAUGGUAAUCUCAAUUAUAUUUACAAUUUGGAUCGUUUAUAAAUUAUUUAAAUUAUUAUUUUGUCGAAGAAAAAUGGUGUCAGUAGACAUUAAUAAGAAACGAUCAUAAUUACAUUGCUAUUCUUGAGCAAGAUUCUAAGGAAUGAUUUAUUUUUUAAAUAAAAAUGUUUAUUCGAAUCAUUUGUACAGUUUGUUACAUUUGUUACUCAUUUUUAAUGAUAACAUAAUUGUUCACGCUUUUAUAUAAAAAGAUAAGAAUAUUUGUUAUACUACUUUAUAUUAUAACAACAACGGUGGUGGCGAGAAUAUCUGGUCGAGUAGGGAUCUAACAUUGUUGUUCAGGACGCAAAUUACAGUUCUUAACACUUUCACGUCGAGGCCGUUUGGCUGGAAACCUACACCUCGUACGGCAGCUUUGUACUAAAAACUUCCGCCGUUCUGUUGGCAACGUACAACUUAUACGAGAAAUCAAAAGUUCAUGAAAAAUUCUGGAACUUAAAUAAUGAUAUAAUUCACACGUUAAGAACAUGCGGAAUAUAAUUUUUUCAUUUGAAAUUUCGUUCUUGUAAAAAUCGAGUUUCGACGUGUUUAGCCCGAUACAAUGUGUGUUCGAUAAAUUUUCAAAUUUCAUUUCCUGGAAAACGAGAUUUCAAAUGAAAAAACUGCAUUCCACAUUUUUUUUAGAUUUAUCUUCUCAUGUCUGUAGAAUAACCACUUGCCAAUUUUGUCCGAUCGUAUUCAAUCGGGAAUUAGCCAACUUCACGUGAAUUGACAAGUUGUUAAACUCGAUUUUCUCGGAAACGAAGUUUCAAAUGAAAACAUUUUAUUAUAGAUUUCCGAUUUAUAUUGUAUUAUGGGAUUUGAAGCAAUAGAUACUAGUAUUAUACACAUUGUUCAUUUGCUGCGACGAUGACUUACUGGUAUAGAAAAAGCAAUUUUUGCUUCAACAGUUCGAUUCGUUUUUCCUAAAAUUAUUAUUUCUUGAUAUGGCAAUCAAGU